AGGCAGCGCGAGAGUCUGAGGUGCAGCGGGUUGUUCACUCAGGAGGCAUUUCUCACCUGCUUUUUUCGAAUGCUCUGUCCGAAUUCAUGGCAGGAUGUCCUUGUUGGACUAUUGGGAGACGCAACGAUGCUCGGUCAAACGUCGAAAAACCGACGAUGACGAGGACCGCCGAGUGACAUCCGAUCAACUGCACAAUAACAGUGGUGCAAAGACUCGCCCUGAUUCUCCAACUCAUCCUGUGGUAGUGGAUUGGCUGGAGAAUCCUGCUGUCUGGGGCAGUGGUGAUCUCUAUCCUGCAGAGUUGAAUCUCGAAGAGAAUCCAGUCUCGAAUAGUCAGACCGAAUUGGAGACCUCACUGCCAUUCGUGGACACCGAUCAACGCGCGAUUGAAGAUUACGAAGCUUCUCACCAGCCAGAAGCUAGUUAUGGUGAUGAUGACAAAGAACCUGGUUUACAUCAACGCUUGAAGGAUGGCAGCUGGCGCAAGGGGAAAAGCUCCAUAUAUGUGGAUGCUUUUAACCUGGCGCUGGAGACAGUUCUUGAUGAGGAAUCCCAUCUUUUUGAUAGUACUGAAAUGGAAGUUUUCAAGCAGUGGAGGGGGCUUUCCUACGAGGCUCAGUAUCUUUAUGUGCGCCUAUUCCUACGCAAGACCUCAGCGUGGUAUCGGAUCAAUCGAUUAAAUUACUAUUCAGAUAUCACAGACAUGGCCACUAUUUCGACUGAUCUUCAGCGCGUUCGAGACCUUCCGAAAUCAUUUCAACCGCUUAGUGAUAACCCUGCAGAUCAGGAAUUAACAAACCAUGAAUCGCUAUGCGGGAGCUUCCAGUUUGCAGAGGAUACAGAUCAGAUCACUACGCUUGAAGAGGCAUCCUCGCUUCUAUUACUCGACGAGCUGAGAGUGUUCGCCAAGGAAGCGAAAGUGCAAGGAAAGAGCAAGAAGGAAUUGCUGGAGGCUUUUCUACAAUCAAGCCAGGCACAGUCCGGCCUCGACUGGAACAACUGUGACAAAAGCAGCGAUACCAGUAGAAGUGCUAAUCGGGACCGUCACUAUGUUCAGAAAAUCAGAGAACUAACGGGAGAGUGCAUCAGGCUGGCCUCUGGUCCUCGUGCCCUCUUUGAGCGUGUGCACCUGGUCUUCUAUAAAUCAACAGAGUGGACCGAGAACUCUCUUAAAACGAUCAUUCUCGCUAAGAUCUCACGCAAGAAUUUUCCAGAUUACAUUGUGUCUCGAUCGAGCUCAAUAUUUUCGUCUAGAUCAAUGCUGCUGGAAUUCGAGUCUGCUCUACGGACACAGUUUCGCAUUGAUAAUGUGCUUGAGUUCAGCGGGACAUCCACUACAGAAGCGCUACAACUAGUCAAAGACCUUUCGGAAAAGGUGUAUCCUCGGUGGAAAACACUGCUCCAGCAAGAACAGCGCAAGGAAGACAAUGUUUAUCAGAGCGGAGAAGGGGCGUAUCUACGACGCUUUUCGCCAGCUUGGGUCUACACGAGAAUCGUGCACAAGGGGCUGAAUUCACUGGGUCGCUUCAAAGAGCAUAAAAGAGAACAUGAGCUCCUCACCGAACUGCUCGACCAGCGUCUCUUCCAUACUGCUAGGCGCGGAUCUUGGUAUCAGCGAAAAGCUCUGCUUGAAGAGCACUACAUGUGGGCACUUUCUCCUUCUCCUUCUGAUGGACGCAGCGAAGAAGCCCAGAAAAAGCAUUGGAAGAGAGUCGCAGUGCAAACGUGCGAGCAAGGGCUUGAAGACCCAGAAUGCCAUAUUAUAUUUCAUUACGACCUACAGAAACGAAUUACGAAGCUCGAGAAGGCGUUGAGAGUCGUCAAGCGCGAACAACAUGAUUUCGGCCACGUCAUGUUGGCCCAGCCAGUCCAACGGACUGUCGAAGGCAUCCGUAUCGAGAGGGAGGACUCACCGGCCUAUACCAGCUCGAAGAAUGGUGGCGACGCGGCUUCACGAAGAGGCCGUCCGACUAUCUGGGUAGAUGAGCGCGAAGGAGGCGGCGAAUGCCGAGUAGAAAGCAUGUGCCUCAGUUGGUACAGGGACCACGGUUGGAAGGGCUAUCAUGCCGAAGGAGGCAUUGUUAGAACUCUAUUUGGAUACCUGUUCUACGACAUUAUCUUCACCUACGUCCCCAAUGUAUUCCAGACCCCGUUUCAGACGUGCCCUCUUGACCUACACACCGACGCGUUCUAUCCUGCAAGAGCAUCCGAGAUUAACCACCGCCUCGUCGACAUCACCAACGGCAAUGCUGAACGCAUCAUCCGCGCCGUGCAUGCACGCGAGGCUCCUAAGCAAACCUGUGCUAUCGGCAUUGACUGGUCCUUUCAACUGGACGACCUGGUUGAGAUUGUGCAAUGCUUCCGUGGCGAAGCCCUGGCAACCAUCUGCAAAGUCAUGGCCCAAGAAUACCAGCAGCGUGGCGGCGGGAUUCCAGACCUGUUCCUUUGGAGUCUAGAAAAGAAGGAGGUCAUGUUCGCCGAAGUCAAGUCGGAAAACGACAGGCUGAGUGAUACGCAGCGACUAUGGAUUCAUGUCUUGAUCGGUGCAGGGAUCAGGGUGGAGCUCUGUAAUGCUGUACCCAGAGAGGUACGCACAGCAAGCUGAUGCUUUACAUACAAAACUCGUAUAUAGGCUCUUUCACGUUUAUAUAUAUUGUCCAGGGCGGCUCAGCGAUAGUACAUAUAUAUGUAUAUAUAAUGCGAUU